AUGCGCACUGCAUCAAAACAAGGAAGUUCUCCAAACAAACAGCACUUGUGCUUCAUCCUGUCAGUAUUUCCACUGGAUUUCACUCGUGGCGCCUUCUGUCCUGCCCUGAACGUCUGUACGGAGCCCCGUGUAAGCCGACGUGACAGCUGCCUGCGAAAAACCGGCUCCAGUCUGAGAGCAAAACAGGGGGAGCCACUGGGUUAUGCUGAAGUCGUGGAGUGGGCGAUGUUAAAGGCCUCUCGAAGCACCAUGCUUUCCGCUGGAGCCUCCAACAACAAAGUCAAGUACUCGCGGCUGGCAGCGGAUGAGGAUGGUUACAUAGACUUACAGUUCAAGCGCAGCCCGCCCAAAGUCCCUUACAAGGCGAUCGCUCUGGCUCUGUUCCUCUUCCUGAUUGGCUCGCUGCUGAUCACCUUCGGGGCUCUUCUGCUUUCCGGAACCAUAGAAGUGGAGCAUCCCGACCGGACCAUCCCAGUCAUCAUCAUCGGCGUCCUCGUAUUCCUCCCCGGCUUUUACCAUCUGAGAAUCGCUUACUACGCCUCCAAAGGGGGCGCUGUCCGUCUUCAUAAGCUGCUGUUGCUGUGA